GUGCGUGUUUUUGUUUUGACUCGACUGACAGUUCAGCAAAAUCGCGACGUCUCGCACACGAAGCUGGCAACACUGGCCGUCUCGUGCAAAGUGGCGCAAAAACUGCAUAAUAACAAGUUCUUUCCUGAAACAGCAGCAGAACCAUGUCCGCGACGGAAGACCCGGACCUGGCGCUGGCCCGCCAGCUGCAGGAACAGUUUGACCGCGAGCUCGUCGAGCUCAGUUCCGGUGACGAAGAUUCCAUCCUGCUGGCCACGGAGCUGCAGAAACGAUUCGACGCCGAGACAAUAGAGUUGUCCGAGGGCGAUGAUGACGACGACGUUAUUGUGCAGGGACCGGCCAUUGUGAAGGUGGAGCGGAAAGUUUCCACGGCGGAUUCGCCGCCACCGGUAAAGUUUUACCGAGCAGAGCGAAGGGAUCUGAACGCGCAGGAGUACUUUAUCGAAGAGCUGCAAACUUACGUCGAUCCGGAGAACAAUUUUGAGUGGAAGUUUGUUGAGGUCAUGCCGGAUUUGAAGGCAAUGUUUCUGCGGCUCGACGAGCUGUUUUUCCAGUCGCGGUUCAAGGCUAAGAACUUCCAGGUACUGUGGAGCCAGGCCAUUGGGAAGGAGUGUACGAACCGGAACUUUAACGAUCCAACCGAUGGGAGAUAUACGAUUGUGUUGAAUGAAACUUUGCUAGCUCUGAGGCCGAGAAUCGAAAUUAUCAGUAUACUGCUUCACGAGAUGAUACACGCCUUCCUGAAACUGGAAGGUGUGCAAGAGCCCAACAACGGUCACGGUGCAAACUUCCGCAAAAUGAUGAUCUUUAUCAACCGUAUGCUGCAAACCAACAUCAGCUUCAGCCAUCGGCUCACAAACACCAACACCCUCUGCCGAACUGAGUGGUAUCGCUGUACGGGCAUCUGCCACAACUACAAACCAUUCCAAGGAAUCGUCCGCUCCACCGACGACGCCCCCGGACUGCAAAACGAGUGGUGGAGAGUCCACGCGGAAAACUGCGGCGGAACGUUCUACAAGAUUUACGAGAUGAGCCGCAUCGACGAGGACGGAGAAGUGUCCACGCGGUACGCCGUCAACGUAAGGUACAUGAAACCCAAACGGGAAGACAUUCGUGGCCGGUACAAGUCUCGCCUCCCCCCAAAAGAGUCCAUCGAUCUGACCAGCGGCACGCCUCGAGUCAUUCCAACGCUCACGGAAACGGUGUCCCUCGAUGACGACGGCCCGCGCGCCGAGGACACCAAAGCGGCGGACAAAUUCAUACAGAACUUUAACCGAUCCGUCGCGCUGACGAGAGAUUCGUACGAAAUGCAGUGCCCAAUCUGCCAGGAUCGCAUCAAGCGGAAGCUGUUCGGGAGUCACAUUGACGGAUGCAAGGGAGUUGUUCAGCGGAUUCAGCUUAAAUGUCGUCGGAUGAUCGUGCAGAACGGAACGGAGGAGCACAGACCGAGUCUGAAUGUGCAGCCGAACUAUUCGGCCUCAACGUCGACCGUGGACAACAGAGCGCUGGGAUCGUCCUCCACCAUCGCUGACUAUCAGCGCAUUAAAAAAAGACGUUUUCUGUAAGAUACUGCCCUAGGAGCAUUCCAUUUGUACUGUUUAAAUUUAUGUAAUUUUUAUUAAACUGUAUUUCAACAUAA